AUGGCAACCUCCAACCCCUUCUUCGCCAAAGCCAAUAAAUACCUCAUACACACCGGGGUCCCCUCCUCGCCUGUUAUCAUCACCAAAGCCAAAGGCACCCGUCUAUAUGACUCCAACAGCCGCCAGAUCUUGGACUUCACCUCCGGCCAAAGGAGCGCUUGCGGUUCCUCCCUGCCCCCCCUGGAACAAUCAUUCUUUCUGAACACCGGCUCGGAAUCCACCGAAGCGGCCAUCAAAAUCGCCAAAACGUAUACUGGAAAGUUUGAGAUCGUCGGCUUUGCGACCAGUUAUCACGGCCUCACUCAAGGAUCCGGAUCGGCUACAUACUCUGCUGGUCGGACAGGGCAGAUACUGCCUUUGGCGUCGGCGAGUACCACGCCGGAGAUUGUGCGGGGGUGUACCGAGGCGGGGUUCCUUUGGUUGACGACCCAUCUGAAUGAUCCGCUGACGGCGGCGGUGGGGAAUAAGGGGCUGGAGAUUGUGGAGAGGGAUCAUAUCUGCCAACGUGCGAUCGAGCGAGAUACGCAGCUAAGACAGGGUCUGUUGAAGCUGCAGGAGAAGUACUGGUGUAUUGGAGAUGUGCGCGGUCGGGGUCUGUUGCAAGGGAUUGAGAUUAUCUCGGAUCCGGAGACUAAGACCCCUGGCCCGGAUCUUGGCCAGGCAGUGUCGGAUCGCGCCAUGGCGUGUGGUUUGUCGUGCAAUGUGGUCAAUUUGCCAGGUAUGGGCGGGAUGUUUCGUCUAGCGCCGCCAGUGACUGUCUCGGCGGAGGAGAUUGAGGGUUGCGCAUUCUGGACGAGACAUUUGCCUAUGUGCUUGAUGCUAGGCCAUAAGUAG